AUGACUAUGGACGCCCAUUCUGUUAUCUCUCCUGCCAUUCUUUACUGGGGAACGCCUGUCGUUCUGAUUACUUCUCGGAACGAAGAUGGCACAGAUAACAUUGCUCCAAUGUCUUCGGCGUGGUGGUUAGGACACUCGUGCAUGCUCGGCCUUGACACAACAUCCAAAACAACACAAAACAUUUUGCGUACUCGGGAGUGUGUCCUGAAUCUGCCAAACGACACAAUGUCGGCCUGCAUCAACGCAUUGGCUGGUGCGACCGGAUCAAACCCGGUGUCCCCCUCCAAAAGGCGCCGAAACUACAAGUUCGUCAAGGACAAAUGGACAAAAUCCAAGCUCAGCCCUGAACCGUCCAGCAUCGUCCAGCCGUCUCGCAUUGUCGAGUGCCCGGUGCAGAUGGAAUGCCAGCUUCUGCAGGUCACAAACCUGAGGCCAGAUCUGCCAGAUCGCUGUGGAAUCAUAGUUGCGGUUGAGGUCCGAGUUCUUCGCACUCACGUAUCUAAUACCCUACGGAUGGAUGGCCAUGAAAACCGAAUCGACCCUGACAGAUGGAAGCCUCUCAUCAUGUCGUUUCAGCAGUUCUAUGGUCUCAAAGAUGACAAAAUUGGUCCAAGUGUGCUAGGUCAUAUUCCAGAAGAAGAGUAUCGAAAACUGACUAAAAGUGAUGUGACGAGAGUGCCGGGAGAUGAUGACGAUGUGUUAGCAGUCACAAAAUGUAGAGCCUAG